AUGAUGGACCUGGAGUCGCUGCUCCGCGGAGCGUCCUCGGCGCCGGGCGUGGAUAUUCCAAUGGUCGAUGCAGCAGAGACUAUACAAAUCUCAUCUUUGGCCUUGAUCAAAGUAUGCAUUUUUUCACUAUCAUUCAAGAUGCUCAAGCAUGGUCGUGCCGGAGUGCCAAUGGAAGUGAUGGGGUUGAUGUUGGGGGAUUUCGUUGAUGACUACACCAUACGAGUUGUCGAUGUAUUUGCAAUGCCACAGUCAGGCACCGGUGUCAGUGUAGAGGCCGUUGAUCCUGUCUUUCAAAUGAAAAUGCUUGAUAUGCUCAAGCAAACUGGCCGUCCAGAAAUGGUUGUCGGGUGGUAUCAUUCUCACCCGGGUUUUGGCUGCUGGCUUUCAGGCGUUGACAUUGGCACCCAACAGCGGGCAGUGGCCGUUGUUAUUGACCCGAUACAAUCUGUCAAAGGAAAGGUGGUCAUUGACGCUUUUCGAUUGAUUCAACCUCAAACUAUCUCGAUGGGCCAAGAGCCAAGACAAAUUUCGUCUAACAUUGGGCAGCUUCAAAAGCCGUCAAUCCAGAAACUUUUGGCCCUUUCUGAAAGCUAUAGCAAAAGUAUCGAAGAGGAACUGACUAUGACCCCAGAGCAGUUGAAGCUCAGGCACAUCGGAAAAAAGGAUCCAAAACGACACUUGGAGGAAUUGUCUGAUUCCAUUCUUUCUUCAAAUUUGGGCGAGGAGCUUCUAACCCAUAUGAACAGAAAAGUGCUUGUGUAA